AGACCCAGUGCCGACGCGCAUUUUGUCAGCCCAUCUGACGUAUUGCUGGCGUACGGCGUGUCCAGGUGCGUUUUCGCCGUGCCCGUCGCUUCCGCGAGCUUCUGCAUCACGAUGGACUCGAUUCCGAAGACGCACAAAGACAUCGAGGCGCAGAUACGAGAGAUCCAGUCGAAGAAGAAGAAGGAGCACCUGAGCGCGACAUCCGAGAAGGACCAGGUUGCUCUGGGGAAGACUGGUUUUUACGAUCAGGAUAUAUACGACAGUAGCAACAACAAAUUUGACGGCUAUGUCACGUCGAUUGCAACCAACGAUGAAAUUGAGGAUUACGAUCCGUUUGCGGACAAACGACUACCCACCAUAGUCGACAGAGAAGAAAAGGAUUACGAUCCGUUUGCGGAUAGACGACGACCUACCAUAGCUGACAGGGAGGAUGAAUACAGACAGAAGAGACGAAGAAUGAUCAUCUCCCCUGAACGUGUCGAUCCCUUUGCAGAAGGUGGUAAGACACCGGACAUCGGUUCCAGGACAUAUACUGAGAUCAUGCGAGAGCAAAUGCUGAAAGGUGAAGAGACAGAGCUGAGAAAAAGAUUGGCAGAAAAGGCAAAGGACGGCACUUUGAAGGCCAACGGCGAACCUAAACCGGCUCCCAAAAAGAGAGGUCGCUGGGACCAAACAGAUGACACUCCAGUGCAGAAAAAAUUAUCCAGUGCUUCAGCAACACCUACGUCUUGGGAUAAUGCAGACGUAACACCAGCUGCUAUCAGAUGGGACGAAACUCCGGGUCAUGGCAAAGGAGCGGAGACACCUGGAGCUACUCCUGGAGUCAGCACGAGAAUGUGGGACGCCACGCCUGCACACGCGACGCCAGGAGCUGUGACCCCGGGCAGAGAAACGCCUUCUCAUGAGAAAACUGUAACAAGCCGGAGGAAUCGUUGGGAUGAAACUCCAAAAACCGAAAGAGAAACACCUGGACACGGCAGCGGCUGGGCAGAGACUCCGAGAACCGAUCGAGUCGCUGGGGAUUUGAUACAGGAGACUCCGACACCCUCGGCGAGCAAGAGGCGAAGUCGAUGGGACGAAACUCCAUCGAAUCAAACGCCGGGCUCGAUGACGCCGCAAACUCCGGCGACACCACUUGCAACACCCCAUCAGACAACAAUACUGACCCCAAGUGCCGUCACGCCGACGGGACCCAAGGCAAUGGGUCUGGCUACACCGACCCCGGGACACUUGAUGUCCAUGACGCCCGAACAGCUGCAGGCGUAUCGCUGGGAACGCGAGAUAGACGAGCGAAAUAGACCCUUGUCGGACGACGAGUUGGACGCGCUGUUUCCGCCUGGAUACAAGAUUUUGCAACCUCCGGCAGGAUAUAUACCUAUUCGCACACCCGCUAGGAAGCUUACUGCGACGCCUACGCCUAUCGCUGGUACACCUCAGGGUUUCUUCAUUCAGACGGAAGACAAGAGCGCCAAGUAUGUGGAUAAUCAGCCGAAGGGCAAUCUGCCGUUUAUGAAACCGGAAGACGCGCAAUAUUUCGACAAGCUGCUAGUCGACGUGGACGAGGAAACGCUGAGUCCUGAGGAACAGAAAGAGAGAAAAAUUAUGAAGCUGCUUCUGAAGAUAAAGAAUGGGACUCCUCCGAUGCGUAAAGCCGCCUUGAGGCAAAUCACCGACAAAGCGAGAGAAUUCGGCGCUGGGCCACUGUUCAAUCAAAUCCUUCCACUCCUCAUGUCGCCUACUCUUGAGGAUCAAGAACGUCAUUUAUUGGUCAAAGUCAUUGAUCGUAUUUUAUACAAACUGGACGAUUUGGUGCGACCGUAUGUACACAAGAUUUUAGUCGUCAUCGAACCUUUGCUGAUUGACGAAGACUACUAUGCUCGCGUCGAAGGCAGAGAGAUUAUUUCCAACUUGGCAAAGGCUGCAGGAUUGGCCACGAUGAUCUCCACAAUGAGGCCAGAUAUCGAUAAUAUUGACGAAUACGUACGGAACACGACAGCGAGAGCGUUCGCGGUUGUCGCAUCCGCUCUCGGAAUCCCUUCGCUUCUUCCGUUCUUAAAAGCCGUCUGUCGCAGCAAGAAGUCCUGGCAAGCGCGACACACUGGUAUCAAGAUCGUGCAGCAAAUAGCUAUCUUAAUGGGUUGCGCCAUUUUGCCGCAUUUGAAGAGCUUGGUGGAAAUUAUAGAACAUGGUCUAGUGGACGAGCAGCAAAAGGUACGGACAAUUACCGCGUUAGCCAUCGCUGCGCUGGCCGAAGCAGCAACGCCGUAUGGUAUCGAAAGCUUCGACUCUGUGCUAAAACCGCUGUGGAAAGGCAUUCGUACACACAGAGGAAAAGGUUUAGCAGCGUUCCUAAAAGCUAUCGGUUAUCUCAUUCCUUUGAUGGAUGCAGAAUACGCGAAUUACUAUACUAGGGAAGUAAUGCUAAUUCUUAUACGUGAAUUCCAAUCUCCCGAUGAGGAAAUGAAAAAAAUUGUAUUGAAGGUAGUUAAACAAUGCUGUGCAACGGAUGGUGUGGAAGCUCAAUACAUAAAGGACGAAAUCUUGCCUCACUUCUUCAAACACUUCUGGAAUCAUCGUAUGGCACUGGAUCGCAGAAAUUACAGACAGCUUGUGGAUACGACAGUUGAGAUUGCGAACAAAGUGGGCGCGUCAGAGAUCAUCAAUAGAGUAGUAGACGAUUUGAAGGACGAGAACGAGCAGUACAGAAAAAUGGUGAUGGAAACGAUCGAGAAGAUCAUGGGCAAUUUGGGGGCAGCGGAUGUCGAUUCGCGUCUAGAGGAGCAGCUCAUCGAUGGAAUUUUAUACGCUUUCCAGGAACAGACUACUGAGGAUGUCGUUAUGCUGAAUGGCUUUGGUACGAUUGUGAACACAUUGGGCAAAAGGGUGAAGGCGUAUCUUCCUCAAAUAUGUGGUACAAUAUUGUGGAGGUUGAAUAACAAGUCUGCAAAAGUCAGACAACAGGCCGCGGAUCUUAUCUCGCGCAUUGCAGUAGUCAUGAAGACUUGUCAGGAGGAAAAACUGAUGGGACAUCUGGGAGUCGUUCUAUAUGAAUACUUAGGCGAGGAAUACCCAGAAGUGCUAGGUAGCAUUUUAGGAGCGUUGAAGGCUAUUGUUAACGUUAUAGGAAUGACGAAGAUGACACCGCCCAUUAAGGAUUUGUUACCGAGGCUUACACCCAUCUUAAAAAACAGACACGAAAAGGUGCAAGAAAACUGCAUUGAUCUCGUGGGCAGAAUCGCAGAUCGAGGUCCCGAAUAUGUUUCCGCUCGAGAGUGGAUGAGGAUAUGCUUCGAAUUGUUGGAACUACUGAAGGCGCAUAAAAAGGCUAUUAGAAGAGCGACGGUAAACACUUUUGGCUACAUUGCCAAAGCUAUUGGGCCGCACGAUGUCUUGGCGACGCUUCUGAACAACUUGAAAGUACAGGAACGUCAGAAUCGCGUUUGCACCACAGUGGCUAUUGCCAUCGUUGCUGAGACUUGCAGCCCUUUCACAGUGUUACCCGCAUUGAUGAACGAGUACAGAGUGCCCGAGCUGAACGUGCAGAACGGAGUAUUGAAAUCCUUGUCGUUCUUGUUUGAAUAUAUCGGCGAGAUGGGUAAAGAUUAUAUUUACGCUGUCAGUCCGUUGCUAGAGGAUGCACUUAUGGACAGAGAUCUAGUACAUAGGCAGACUGCGUGCGCCGCAAUUAAGCACAUGGCACUAGGCGUUUAUGGAUUUGGAUGCGAAGACGCGUUAAUACAUUUAUUGAAUCACGUGUGGCCGAACGUUUUCGAGACCUCGCCACAUUUAGUCCAAGCGUUUAUGGAUGCCGUGGAUGGACUGCGCGUUGCGCUCGGGCCAAUCAAGAUUUUGCAGUAUACGCUACAAGGUUUGUUCCAUCCAGCCCGUAAGGUUCGCGACGUUUAUUGGAAGAUAUACAAUUCUCUUUACAUCGGCGGGCAGGACGCUCUCGUGGCUGGUUACCCUCGCAUCAUGAACGAUCCAAAGAACCAAUAUAUUAGAUACGAAUUGGACUACGUAUUGUAAUAGAGAACUUGCAGCAAUAAGACAGUUAUAACAAGGAUAUGUUUGGAACAGCUACGUGUGUCACGCCGUCAUUUCUGAUAUCUAAUGAAAAAAAGGCUGAGGAUGUAUUACCUUACAUUUUACUUAAAGAUACAUGUUACGACACUUGUAUAGAUAUUGCUCCGAUAUCGAUUUUGAAGGCAUGGAAAUGUCAGCACAUAAAGAGAACACGUCUGGUUGUAGCUUACCAUUUUAGAUCGCAAUCUUUUUAAUCCUAGGUUCGUUGGAACUUACAAUCUUUUGAGCUCUGAAUACCGGUGGAUUCUGGAAUUCUUAUCAAUGUGUCUAGAGACCCUCGGGACAUCUUAGAUUCUCCGAAUUCUAGGUACCGUGGAUGCUAGGUCUUCGGCAUUUCAUUUUGCUUAAAUCUGUUUCUAGUUUUGAAUCUUACCAGUUUGAAUUAUAAAGCUAUUCAAUGCAACAAAUUCAUUGUUGGCACUCUUGAAACAAUUUUGAUUUGAUAACGCAAUCCAUCAGUUUGUCAUUUCUAAUCAUUUGAUCGAAUAAUAAUGUUAUUUAUCAUGUAACGACUUGACGUAGGUACUCACGAAAUUAUAUGUGCGUGUGUAUGUGUGAACAAUUGUGUUAAAAAUUACAUGAUUUUUUAAUAUAAUAAAAAGAAG